GCGCAUUGAGUCGCGUCGCCUAUCCAGUCAGGGGAGAGAAACGUGGUGUGAAUGCACCUUCACCGCCGAUGCAUUCGGCUUCCUCGACGGCGCACGGCACCGACACAAACAAGCCAUUGAAGUGUGAUUGAUUCUUACGAGGAAAGAGCUGGAGACUUCCACCGGCAAGACAUCUUGGUCGAAGCUUGACUUUUUCUUUUUUUUCAUUUCUUAGGAUGUACUGUUGUCCACUCGCGUUUCCCAUCUAGAGAGACUGGAUCCUGGGUAGGAUUAACAUUAAAUUCCGCUGUGGUAGCAGACUCCGAGAACACUUGGCCAAUCGGUCACCGAAGGGCUGGAAAGAGAGCAGAGUGAACCAAAACUACUUCGCUUUUCAUCUCACAGAUUUUUCUUCUACCAGAUCAGUUUUAAUGAAGACCCAGAUCCUCCACUGACCGUCUGGCUGAAGGGACUCCAAGAAGAAGCAUGGGGUCGUCAUGGAAACCUCUUCUCCUGCUUUCCUUAAUCAGCUGCCUUUCAGACGCGGGCCGGGCCUUCGGCUGGUCCUCUUCGUCAUCGCCAUCGUCGCCAUCACUCCACUCACGGACCAGACGUAGACAGGACUACAGAGGAGGAGGAGGAGGAGGAGGAGGAGGGGGGGGGGGGAGACGACUGGUCCUCCUUCACUUCCAGUCACCAUCCCCGCCACCCCCUCCAGCUGUCAGCACCCAGCUCGCUGGAGGAGGACUCCCUCAGCCAAGAGAGCGAUGUGUACGGGCCCGUGUUCGUCCAGGAGCCCGAUGAUGUCAUCUACCCCUUGAACUCCGAAGACAAGAAGUGUUGAUGAGCUGCGAAGCGAGAGGAAACCCCCCACCCAUACUCAGCUGGUUCAUCAACGGGACCGAGGUGGACCCCGAGGACGACGACCGCUACAGCCUCGUCGACGGGAACCUGAUCAUCAGCAACGCCAGCGAGACCGCCGACUACGAGUACCAGUGCCGCGCGACCAACGGCCUGGGGACCGCCGUGAGCCGCGACGCCCUGCUGCAGUUUGCCUACCUCGGAGCCUUCAGUCCUAAGACCAGAGGGGGCGUGUCCGUACGGGGAGGCCAAGGGGUGGUGCUCAUGUGCACCCCACCGCCACACUCUCCAGAGAUCAUCUACAGCUGGGUGUUCAACAAGUUCCCGUCGUUCGUGGCCGAGGACAGCCGGCGCUUCAUCUCCCAGCAGACGGGGAACCUGUACAUCUCCAAGGCCCAGCCAUCCGACGUGGGCAGCUACAUCUGCCUGGUGAAGAACAGCGUAACCAACGCCCGGGUACUCAGCCCCCCCACGCCCCUCACGCUCAAGACAGAUGGGGUCAUGGGCGAGUACGAGCCUAAGAUUGAGGUGCACUUCCCCCCGUCCGUCCUAGCUGCCAAGGGGCUCACCGUCAGGCUUGAGUGCUUCGCUCUGGGGAACCCCGUGCCCACCAUCACCUGGAGGAAGAUCAACGGCAACAUCCCCAAGAAGGCGCGCCUGCGGAAGUCCCAGGCGGUCCUGGAGAUCCCCAGCGCCCAGCUGGACGACUCGGGGACCUACGAGUGCAAAGCGGAGAACCCCCGCGGGGGCACGGCCUUCAAGGGCCACCUCCAGGUCUACACCCUCCCGCAGUGGAGUCGGCUGAUUAAUGACACCCAGUUGGACAGCGGGGAGACGCUCCACUGGGAGUGCAAGGCGGCAGGCCGGCCCAGACCCACCUACCACUGGCUGCUCAAUGGAUCACCCCUGAUGAUCCAGGACCGAGUGGAAGUGGUCAACGGGGAGCUGAGCAUUCGCAACGUGAUGCAGUCGGACUCCGGGAUGUACAGCUGCGUCGCCGAAAACAAGUAUGGAACCGUCUACUCCAACGCAGAGCUCAGGGUUUUAGCGUCGCCGCCUGUUUUCAUCCCCAACCCCGUGCGGGUCAUCGCCACCCUCGGUAAGGACGUGUCCCUCGCCUGCAAGCCCCGGGCCUCGCCCAAGCCCCGGGUCACCUGGAGGAGAGCGGACAGCCGACGGCUGCAGCAGAGCAACCGGAUCAUGCUGCUGCGGGACAACACGCUGAGGAUCGUGAACUCCAGCCGCGCUGACGAGGGCCACUACGUGUGCCUGGCUGUGAACACCUUCGGCUCGGCCGAGAUGACGGCCAUGCUCUGGGUGAAAGAGCCCAUGCGCGUGGACCUGAGCCCCGGGCGGCUGGAGGUGACGGUGGGGGAGAGUGUGGUGCUGAGCUGCAAGGCGACCCACGACACGUCGCUGGACGUCGGCUUCCAGUGGUCCUUCAAUCAGCGGCCAAUCAACUUCCAGAAGGACGGCGGCCACUUGGAGUACAUCCAGACCGUCAGAGCACAGCAGUCUUCUACAGUGGACUUGAUGAUCAGGAGCAUCCUCCUGAAGCAUGCUGGGAAAUACGGAUGCCGGGCCCACACCAGCGCCGACGUCGUGUUCGCCGAGGCUGAACUUCUGGUCCGAGGGCCUCCCGGACCCCCCGGGGUGGUGAUUGUGGAGGAGAUCACCGACAGCACAGCCACCCUCUCGUGGAGCCGUGGGCUGGACAACCACAGUCCCAUUAGCACCUACAACCUCCAGGCCCGGAGCCCAUUCUCCCUGGGCUGGCAGACCGUCAGAACAGACCCCGAGCCCGUUACGGGCACCAUGGAGUCUGCCAUGGCCGUGGACCUGAACCCCUGGGUGGAGUACGAGUUCAGGGUGGUGGCAAGCAACGCCAUCGGCACGGGGGACCCCAGCGCCCCCUCCAGGGGAGUGCGCACCAAAGAAGCAGUCCCGGCGGUGGCGCCGGCUAACGUGAGCGGAGGAAACGGGCGCAGGCACGAACUGGUCAUCUCCUGGGAGCCAGUGUCGGAGGAGUUCCAGAACGGCGAGGGCUUCGGCUACAUCGUGGCGUUCCGCGCCAACGGCACGCGCGGCUGGAAGGAGAAGAUGGUGACCUCGGCCGACUCCACCACGUACAAGUACCGCGACGAGACCUUCCCGCCGCUCACGCCCUUCGAGGUCAAGGUCGGCGUCUACAACAACAAGGGGGACGGGCCCUUCAGCGCCGUGGUCACCGUGUACUCGGCCGAGGGUGAGCCCAGGGAGGCCCCCUCGGACGUCAAGGCGUCCGGAAUAUCUGCCUCCGAGGUCAGGGUCACGUGGAGACCCCCCAUCCCCGGUCCUGGAAGACCCGAGCGCUACGAGGUGAGCUUCUGGAAGGACGUGGAGCAGCAGGAGCAGUCCGGAUCAAAGCGUCAGACUGUGAGGAACGAGACCUCGGUGGUCCUGAGCGGUCUGGACGGGAACAGUCUUUACCACGUCACGGUGAGGGGCUUCAACACCAUAGGGCAGGGUCCGCCCUCCGCUGCCACCACCGCAAGGACCCGCAAGACCCCUCCGGAGCAGCCCCCCAUGAACUUGAGGUGGAUCCAGGAAGGCAACAACGUGUCCCUGUCUUGGGACCCGGUCCGGGCCCAAGACAACGAGUCUGAUGUCGUGGGUUACAUGGUGUUCCUGCGCCAGGAGGGACGAGGACACAACCAGGUGACCCGGACCAUCAACCCCUCAACAGUGCUCUCUCUGCCCGAGGGGGGCACCUACAUCAUGGAGGUCCGGGCGCUGAGUGACGGAGGCGAGGGGGCGGUCAGCACCCAGGUCCGGGUCGUGACCUCCUCCGGUGUGAGAGCCAAGAGCUCCCAGGGCUCGGUGCAUCGCCCCGCCAGCAACCCCGUAUGGACCUCCAUCCUCCUGCUCCUCCUCCCGGUGCCUUUCUCUUCCUGGUGAGGAACCCCCCCCCCCCCCCCCCCCUCCCCCCCGACCCUCUCCACCAGCCCCCCCCCCCCACCCCGCUAGUGCCACCUCCCCCUGGGGGGCCUCCAGUCGACCGCCGGCUCCCUCGUCCCCCACCUCCGACCGACUGCUUGCUCCAGCCUUACCCCUCCACCACCACCACCACCACCAAGACCCCCCUCUGAUACCCAAACCGGAACCCCAAAGCAGGCACCAACGGAGGGGGGGGAGUCCGACAUUCCUCUCCCGACUCCCCCUCCGUGCCACCGCUCCGCAGACCCUCUGACUCGGCGGCGCUCUUUCCACUGUCACUGUAUUGUUGUGUACCGUAGCGUACGUCGCGUGGAAAGGUUCAGCUGCCGGUUGUACUUUUUUCCGACAUCAAACCUUUUUUUUUUUAAGUCCCGCCCAGAGUGACACCUCAUCCCCCCCCAACCCCUCCAGUCGCCCACAUCAACCCGCGAGCCCACCCUCCCCUACAGGCUCUCUGCGGGGGGGAUCGGGGGGGGGACCUAGAAGGGUGCCAGGGGGUGCCCCCCACACAGAUGCCGAACGUCUCCCGGAACUCUGUGGGGGCGGCGGCGACGACACGGGGGGCAGCGGCAUCUUUCCCCCCCUGUGUGUCUUGACGGGCGGUGCGGUGGCAGUGGCUACGUAGAGAUAAGUGCAUUGUUUUUUCUUAUUCAAACAUCCCAAGACGAGACGGAAGUAGACAAAGACAAAGAAGAAGAAGAAGAAGAACGCAAAAUUAAAAAAAAAAGGACCUUUUCUAUGGCUCAGAGAUUCUUGCUAUUUCCAGCGUUGCUUUUUUGUACAUUGUGUUACCUUUUAGAGACGCUAAAAAGCAGCCCAGUGGUGUGUGUCAGAUACAGUACAAAGUCAAAGUUUCAGUUGUUUUGGGGUAGUGAAAGCCUGCCGGGUGAUUUACUGGCUGUUGGUUUAGCGGCCGUAGGGCGGGGGCGGGCGGGUGUGUCCGCCUCUAGGGCCGAAGCGUAUCGUUAGACAGGUUAGGACUGAGACUCUGUACACGGUGGUGGUGGUGUCAGUACUAAUAAAUGUGAUGUAUAUUUUUAA